AUGAAAGUACUAGACAACUACGUAGAUCCAAAACCUAGCACAUGGGCGUUACAACACAAUUUUAUCACACGUUUACAACACGAAGAUGAAACAAUAGCAACAUACGCCUCAGAACUGAAGAAACUUUCAUGGAACUACGAAUUGAAGUGCCAAAAUUAUCAAAAAUCUGCCUUAGAAAGUUUCCUAUCUACAAUUUAUUCGAAGACUUAUGGCAAUGAUAUACGAACAAAAACUAUUCAAGAACGAGAUAAAUCACAUUUUACAAAAUUGCUAAAUAUAGCUACCUCGGUAGAAAUGGGAAAAUCAGAAAACUUUAAAAUGUACGUAAACUCAAUUAUUCACGUCCUGCAUCCUCACGGCCAAGAAGUUAGCCAUCUGCUUCAUUAUCAUCUUCGAUAA